GAAGGAUUUUGAUUCUUCCUUAAUUCCGAAGGUAGUAAGCAGAGUGCAAAUCGGAAGACAUCUCCAAAACCCCUUCAACAAAAAUCGAAUUGAAUCACUAUUUAAACAAGCUUUCCUUUCCCCCAUAUUCGUAGAUUCAAUCCUCUUCUCCAAUCUGCUUGGACGAACGACGCCGUUUAAAUGACUUCCCGUACGCUGAGAAGGCGGCUGUACCAUGGCGAUAUUGACGGCGGAAGACACGAUCGUUGCGAGACGUCGGAUUUUGAUGCAUUGAGCGAGCCGUUGCUGGGAGAUGGACAUUACGAUUAUACCAAACACAAUGAGGGGACAUCGCUUGUGGAUAUUUUGGAUGAACAGCGGCGUAAAGAGUAUCUUCAUUGGACACUGGUAUUCUCCAAUGUGAUUGCUCAGUGGGCUCAAUGGUUAGCAAAUAUUGUUCUUAGUUCCGGGUCUCUACUAGCUCGGAUCGUACCAUUUAUAUCGGGCACUCAGAAUGGAGCCAACAACUUGCUUCCGCCAGUUAUACUUAGUCCCUUGCAGGAAGCAAGGCUAAAAUAUCUAAAGCAAAGGCUUUCAGCUCCUUUUGAUGGCACUAGUUCAGAUCAUCAAGACUCACUUAGACAACUUUGGAGGCUAGCUUAUCCUGAUAGACAGCUCCCAGCUCUUAAAUCAGAGGCCUGGAAAGAUAUGGGAUGGCAAGGGUCAGACCCUUCGACAGAUUUCAGGGGCGGAGGCUUUAUAUCAUUGGAGAAUUUGAUCUUCUUUGCCAAGACAUAUCCGGAAGUGUUUCAAAAUCUGUUGCACAAGAGAGAUGGAGACAGGUCAGAGUGGGAGUAUCCGUUUGCUGUGGCUGGCAUAAAUAUUUCAUUUAUGCUUGUUCAAAUGUUAGAUCUACAAUCAGGCAAUCCUAGCAAUUUGGCUGGACAGCGCUUUCUACAGAUGCUGAGCCACGAUGAUAUGGCCUUCGACAACCUCUUUUGUGUCGCUUUCAAGAUGCUGGACGUGCAGUGGGUUGCCAAGCGAGCCUCAUAUAUGGAAUUCAACGAAGUUCUAAAAUCUACAAGAUCACAACUAGAGCGGGAGAUGGCGCUGGAAGAUGUAUCGAGCGUGAAGGAUUUGCCAGCAUAUAAUCUACUGAGAAUAUAAUCGCAUGCAUAUCAUUUUCUUGUAAGUUGUGUUUACAAAUUUGUUAUCACCCCACUGAAUCGCAAGAUACUAGUUUUUCUAUACAUAAAUGUUGUAUACUAGUCUUUUUAUAGAGUGAAUGCAAUAACUACAACAGAGUAGCAAACA